GUGUAUGUAGAAACAAUGAAAACAUUCAGGUUGGACCUGUCUAUGGGCUAUUUGUUCAAACUCUGGAAUCUGGGGUAGUUUUAGGUGAAUGCUUGUCAUAUAGUGUCACAUGGUACAACAGAUUCAAACAUUACUUUGAACUUUUGGAAUCUAUAAGGGUUAAACUCCACACAGUCUACGCGCUGGUUGUGUUAUUACUAUGGUUGUUUCUGGUAAAGGUGAGAAACACUACUUACAUGUAUGUUAUAAAAAGAAGUUCCUAUUCAGAUUUGUGCCCAGUAAAAGUGAUUGAUAUGUAUGUAGAAACAAUGAAAACAUUCAGGUUGGAC